UAUCAUAUUUCUCACACCAAACAAAUUGUUUCAAUAUAUACAUACACAGAGUUUUAACUAAUUAGUCAUGGCUCUCAAGUCCUUUGUAUUAACCAUUGUCAUAAUGGCUUUGGUGACUUCAAUAAGCUAUGCAUCAGAUCCUAAUCCUUUGCAAGAUUUUUGUGUUGCUAUUAAUGACCCCAAAUCUCAUGUUUUGGUGAAUGGGAGAUUUUGCAAGAAUCCAGAGCAUGUCACUGCUGAUGACUUCUUUACAUCAGGACUAAACAUGCCUGGGAUUGCUUUUAAUCAAUUUGGAGUUACUGUAGCUUCUGCAAAUGUUCUCACGUUACCGGGACUCAACACUCUGGGCAUUUCAUUAGUUCGUUUUGAUUACCCACCAUAUGGUCUAAACGCACCUCAUACUAACCCCCGAGAAAGUGAGAUUCUUGUCGUCGUUGAGGGCACGCUCUAUGUUGGAUUUGUCACCUCGACCUCUGCUCCAAAUGAGAAAAAUAGACUAUUUAGCAAGAUUCUACAUCCCGGAGAUGUGUUUGUUUUCCCAAUGGGACUCAUUCAUUUUCAACUUAAUGUGGGAAAGACUAAGGCUGUUGCAUUUGCUGCACUAAAUAGUCAACUUCCAGGACUCAACAUUAUUGCAAAUGCAUCAUUUGGCUCACACCCACCAAUCAAUGAUGAUAUUCUUGCAAAAGCAUUCCAAGUCGACAAGAAAAUUGUGGAUUAUAUCCAGUCACAAUUUGAGUCGAACAACUACUAGAUAAUUAGGAUAAGCCAAAUAAUAACUAUGGUGCUAAAUAUUAUUUGUGCUUGGAAUUUAAGAAAUAAUAAAAUAAAUCUCAUGGUCUAGUCUUCUGGACUGGAUUCAUUGAUCUUUGUAUUGGGAUGUCCUAAACGAGGUUUUCUCAUGUUUGCUUUAGUAAAAUUAUGUUAAUAUAUAGCUAGUGUGUUAUGAUAAUGUUCUCAAAACUAUAUAUAAGCAUCAAACAUCUUUAGUA